GACACAACUGAAAAACAAUUUAAAUGCAUAUUCUUUUCCCUUACCCAUCAUUUGGCCUCCAGGACCAAUACUGAUCAUUGAAUUUAAUCCAAGCUCAUUCAAAUUCUUCUAGUCAACAUUUACACCAUUCUCUUGAUUUGACUUUGGGUCUAAUGUCAGUUCAUAUUAAAGUCUUCCCACUACCCAUAGCCUUUAAUCCAGUAAUACUAUAAUUAAACUUUUAGGUACCAGGAUUCUGAUUCAAUUAAAAAUGUUUAUUAAGUCCCAAUUAUGUGUUAGGCAAUGUUCUAGGAGCUGAAAAUACAAAGACAAAGAUGAAAGACUUCACUCUCAAGGAGCUACCAUUCUAUUGGAAGCAUAGAACAGGCCUUCAAAGAAGUAAAAUACAAGGUAGUUUGGAGAAGGAGAAAGCAUGAACAACUGGGGAAAGCUUUACAGAAGAGGUGCCCCCUGAGAUGAGCCUUAAAGGAAGGUGAAAAUUCUGAAAGGCAGCAAUGAAGAAGAAAGGUGAACAUUAAUAGAUACUAAGCCAAAGAGAUGUGGAUACAAGAAUAUCCUGGUCAUUCUUGGUUUCUUAUUUUUCUUGGCUGUAAUUGCAUUAAUCACAGUGGGUCUAACACAGAACAAGCCACUGCCAAAAAAUGUUAAGUAUGGGAUCGUGCUGGAUGCAGGUUCUUCUCACACCAACAUGUACAUCUACAACUGGCCAGCAGAGAAAGAGAAUGACACUGGAGUGGUGCAACAGGUGAAAAUGUGCAAGGUAGAAGGUCCUGGAAUCUCAGGGUAUGCCCACAAUGUGGAAGCUGUAGGCUUUUACAUAAACCAAUGCAUGGACAAAGCUAAGCAAGUGAUUCCUAAGGAGCAGCACCAACAGACCCCUGUUUAUCUUGGAGCCACAGCUGGCAUGAGGUUGCUCAGGAUGGAGAGCAGUGACCUGGCAGAGAAAGUCCUAAAAUUUGUGAAACAGAGCCUCACUUCUUACCCUUUUGAUUUCCAAGGGGCCAGGAUCAUCACUGGCCAGGAAGAAGGUGCCUAUGGCUGGAUUACCAUUAACUACUUGUUAGGCAAAUUCAACCAGACAAGCAGCUGGCUCAGAAUUCUUCCCGGAAGAGAUGGGCCCCAGGAAACUUCUGGGGCCUUGGACCUUGGAGGAGCUUCCACGCAAAUAACUUUUGUGCCCCAAGAUGAGCAGAUUGAGUCCCAAGGCAACUCCUUGCAUUUCCGCCUCUAUGGCAAAAGCUACGAUGUGUAUACACACAGCUUCCUGUGUUAUGGGAAGGAUCAAGCUCUCCGGCUAAAACUGGUCAGCAACAUUCAGGAUGCAAAGGAUGGACUCCUAAGGGAUCCAUGCUUCCACCCUGGUUAUGAAAAGGAUGUGAACAUAAGUGAGUUCUUCAACACACCCUGCAUCACAAAGGAUGAGGAAUCAUUUCCAUUUCAGAAACUUCAAAUACAUGGUACUGGAAACUAUAAUGUGUGUCUAGAGAGCAUUCACAAGAUCUUCAACACCACCUACUGUCCUUACUCAAGGUGUUCUUUCAAUGGGGUUUUCCUGCCAUCCUUACAAGGAAAUUUUGGGGCCUUUUCUGCUUUUUACUUUGUGAUGGACUUCCUGAACUUAACAGAUUCCUCUCUGGAAAUGGUGAUCAGCAAAAUGCAAACCUUCUGCUCCCAACCCUGGAAUGAAGUGAAAGCACAAUUUCCUGACAUCAAAGAGAAGUACCUCAGUGAAUACUGCUUCUCUGGGACCUAUAUACUUGCCCUCCUACAGCAAGGCUAUGGAUUUACUAAACACAAUUGGAAACAUAUCAAUUUUAUGGGCAAGAUCGGUGAAAGUGACGCUGGCUGGACUUUGGGGUACAUGCUGAACCUGACCAACAUGAUUCCGGCAGAGCAGCCUUUGUAUCCGCCUUUCUCCUAUUCCACUUACGUCUUCCUCAUGGUGCUCUUCUCCCUGAUCCUGGCAGCCGUGUUCCUCAUCGGCUGGCUGGUCUUUCGCAAGCCUUCGUGCCUCCGGAAAGGAGCGGUAUAGCAAGUCUGGCUGCGGCCCCGGGCAGAGCACGAAGACACCUGCGGGAGGACUUUUCUCCCUGGGCAGUCUCCCGCUGCGCUCCUUCUGGGGGGCGAUCUUUACCAGCACAAGCUUUCCUUGACUUCUGCUGCAGAGUUUUUCUUGGGAGGGUAUUUUCCUGGAGGGGGCCUUGCCUUCGUGGCACAGAUCCUUGCGAUUCCCUCCUUUUUUCCUUCUUUCUCCUGUGUUUUUGCGGGUCACGAGGAUUCACCGUUUUCUCAGAACUUGCUUUAUUGGGUUGCAUUCGUUUGGAAGAGAAGCGAUGAUGAAACUACAGCUCGGCCCCAGCCGCAGCCCGGGGGACGCACGGGAAGGCUGAAAGGGCUGCCCGGCGCCUCGUCUCAGGAACCGCUGGAGUUCCUUAGGCUUUCCCUCCCUUCUCCUGCCUCCCGCUUAUGAAGGGUAAAUGGCGGCUCCUAUGUCUGUAGGAAAGGUCUUCCGACGCGGCCGGUAUCGGCCAAGGCCAAAGGAUCCCAGGCCAUCCUCCUAUUGCUUCCUCCUCAUUGGGCGCGAGCUCUUGGGGCCGCCCUGUUUUCGCCUGCGCAGAUUUUGUUCUUAGAGCUGCUAAACACACGGACGUACCAGUCCCAGGGCCCCCAUCUCAGUGGGUAUGUCUAUGUCAGGAGUAAAUAUAUCGUUUCAACUCAGGGUUGGGAAUAGCCUAUCUCACUGCUGUGCCAGGCUUACCAUGGGGACAGUCACACCAGCUUUGGAAGAAAGGGGAGAAAUCCAUGUCAGCUGCAGAGCAGAGUUCUCCCACUCUUUCAUCUCAGGACCCCUUCACACCCUUGAAAAUUGAGGACCAUGGGGGUGCUUCUCAAUUUUUGAUCGUGUGGAUUAAAUCUGCGGAUGUUUGCCAUAU